GUCGAUGGUAUUUGCUUAUUUGCUGAAGUAAAAUGUCCAUGUGAUAUAGAAAGAUAAUUUUUAUCUAUUUCAACGGUAAUAUGAAUAUGGUCACCAGGCAAGAGAGGCAAGUAUCUACACUUUUCUCUCUACCUUUACAGGAGAUGCAUCUUCACUCUGAAGUGAUUGGUGAGAAGUUGAAGCUUCUUCCUCUUUCAGCAAAGCCCAGUCUAGCUAUUGGAAGGUUCUCUUUUUGUAGAUUCAUUCUGCUGAUUUUCCCAUUACAAUGGGUGCUAAACUCUGUAUUAUCUGUUACGAAAAUAGCAAAGCAUGCCCCAGAGAUGGCAGUGAUUUCAAGAAUGAGAGAAAGCAAAGAGGGUUUUGCAGGAUCUUGAAAAGAAUGGAGGUGGAGAGAGAUGAGAAGAAGGUUCGAAAUCUGACUCUAGAAGAUUGGAUAAUAGCUUCUCCUGGUCUGAAGCCAGGCGAAGGGUCUUUUUCUUCUAAGAAUUUUCAGAAAAAGGUUCAUCCUUGUGUGAGUCAACGCAGAGGAUCAUUGUUAACUGAAACCAAAGACAGUUUAUGCUUGGACAGACCCAUGAAGCAUGAUGAAGAAGGUGGAGAAAUGUUAAGCUCGACAUCCUUAAAUGUGAAAUCAGAGAGAAGAGUGAGGUUUAAGCUGCCUCAUACUGUCAUAUAUUACUCACUAGAUGAGCCUUGUUCGCCAGAAGAGACUUAUUAUAGCAGUCAAAUUGAUGAAGGGUCGUUUUAUUCAUCAAUCUGCAGAGAAUACUCAUUCAACUCUUCUGCUGAAGAACCCUUUCUCAGACUCGCAGUGGAUAUUCUUCCUCUUGUCUCAGUCUCUUCCAAAAUUUAAAUAAGUUCUUCAAGGAAAAAAAUGGAAUACACAUACUCAUUAGUCACUUUCUCACAAGGGAUGAAUUAAUGGCACAAUUUCUUUCUUUUUUGUUGAGAGUGAAAUAAUUUUGUCCAUUUAUUCAAGUAAUGGUGUGUGUAAUGAAUUUUAAGAACAUGUUUUUAAGUGUGGUACAGUUCCCCUUAUUAUGUUUUAGU